AGCCGCCCGGGCUCUGGCCGCGGCCGAGCGGCGGCGAGGCGGCGCGGGGCCGAUGGGUGCCCGAAGGCGGCCCCCUGCGCGCCGGGACCUCUCGCCGCGCCCGAUGCCGGCAUGCCGCUGUCCGCGCAGGACUCGGGACGGCCUCAGCGUGAGCGGCAGCCUGUUCUGGCUGCUCGUCUCCUGGGCUGCGCCCUGGUGGCAGGUCGUGACCCGGGGCGCCUUUCGGGCGCUGGUCCUCUCGGGGGACUUCGCGUACGUCCUGGUGCGCCUGGUGCUGCCAAGCACGAGGUCUGGGAGGACUCCGCCAGAAGCUGGUGGCUCCUCGCCUGGGCCGUCACCUGGUCGCUGCAAGCGCCCUUCUGGCUCCGCGCGGUGCCCGCCUCGUCGCCCCUGCUGCUGCUCGAAGAGCUGAGCCUUGCCGUCGCGCUGCAUCAGGCGGCGCUGCGUGGGCUGACCAGGUGGGCGCCCGCGUGCUCUGGGCUUCCGUCGCUUGCCGCGCUGCUGGCCAGCGGCGUCGUCCAGUCGCGGAGCGCGGUGACGCUGCUGCUUAGGUGCGCCCAGAUGUGCGUGUUGCCGUUGCUCUACGUGCGCCAGUACGGGGCGCCCGCAGAUUGGGAUCGGGCGGCUGGGUGCCUCGCCUUGACCCUGACCGUGAAGAUCGGGCCCGUGGUGCUGGAGCGGCUGCUGGUGGACGCGGGGCUGCUGCCAGCGGAGCGGCUGGGCGCGUUCCCGUGGGCCACCUCGUACCCGCUCGGGCACUCCACCGAGGCUGAAGAGGAGGACUCGGGAGGGGAAGACGACUGCCCCGUCUGCAUGUGCAGCCUGCGCUGCCCCGGCGGGCCCGCCGCGGCCGCGGCCGUCGCGGCCGCGGUGCGGCGGCAGGUCGCCCCCGGGCUCUCCGCCGCGCGCGGGCGCGGGAGCUCCGCGGGGCUGUCGGCCGCCCGGGUGCCGCCGGCGUGGGGCGGAGGGCGCAUCGCGACGACGAGGUGCGGGCACCGCUACCACCUGCAGUGCCUGUCGCGGGCGGCGCAGGCGCUCGCGCGCUGCCCGCAGUGCCGCGCGCCGUUCCUCGAGCUGGAGGCCGCCCAGGGCGCCGACCCGUCCAGCGAGGAGGCCAUGUCGCACAUGCUACGCUUCUUCGUGAACAUCCUCUUCGGCCUCAUGGUGCUCCUGUGCCUGCUGGCGGCAGACGGCAGGCAGCGGCAGCUGGCGGCGAACGCCCUCUUAGCCAUACAGCCCCCAGGAUUGGAGAACUCCUACCCGGACGACUCGGCUGUCAAGAAGGUCGUCGAGAAGAAGGCGGCCGAGGGCCAGGACGGCAAGGAGGGCGCGGCGAAGGCCGAAGGGAAGAAGAAAGGCGUGAAAAAGGGCGAAAAGAAGGUCAAGGAUAAGACGAAGAGCAAAGGGAAAAAGAAAGAGCUGUCGCCCGUGCGCGGCCCCGCUGGGCGCGGGCGCCCGGAGCCGGCCUGGAAGAACAAGGAGCCCGAACCGGACGCUGGACCACACCGCCAAGUCGUCGCUGCUGGGCGUGGCCGUGGCCUCACGCUGCCGUCCUGGAUGACGGCGGGGGUCAAAGACGCACCGCCCCCGAGCAUCCCGGAGCAGAAGCUGGACGACCCUGCCGAAGCAGGCAAGCCGCCAGAGCCGGCGAAGAACGACCUCCUGGACUCCCUGUUCGAGGAGAGGGACAAAGACGCCGCCGCACGACGCAGCCGCAGCCCACCAGGGGGCCGCAGGAAGCGAGGCAGGAAGCGCGGCAAAGGGAAGGGCAAGGGCUCGGACGACGAGGAGGACGACGCGGACGGCCGCGCAAGCGGCCCCGACGCGGGCGAGGACGACGAGCCGUUCGACCUGGAGGAGGACGCCACCGACGAGCAGAUCCAGAAGUGGGUCGCCAAGCGAGAGACGGCGCGCAGAAAUAAAGAUUUCAUGACGGCCGACAAGAUUCGCAAGGACAGACGUAACCAGUGGGUGCACAUCGACGGCCGGACAGGUACGACCAGCAGAAAUGACAUGCGAUUGGAUGUACAAUCAAACAUCGCGAGCCUCCGCACGGUGUACUCCUAUACUGUCUGUGGAGAUUUCAACACGGGGCUAGGAGUGGAGAGGGACGACGACAAUGUGGUGGCCACAGAGCAGCUUGGAGAUUUCAACCUGGGGCGUCAGGCGAUCGACACCGCGAUCGCGACCCUCGAACCGAUCACUAAUGCAGAGAGUUUCGUCGAGCUAUGGGAGUGCACGGGGCGCUCGUGGAGGGCUGUUUUUGAGGAUGUUGAUGUUCGGGAUGUUUUUAUCCCGAUCGACGUCGCAGUUGUACGGCAGGCGUUCUGGGUUCGUGAUUCCCCGGUGGCGUGGCAGGCAUACAAGUCAAAGAUGGAUUUGCCAGAGGCGGGGCGCGAGAUGGAGGGCGUCGUGAUCGACGCGUUCCUCGGCCCGGUUGCGAGCGACAUAUUCACGGCAAUCUCUGCGCAGAUGACGGCUUACGCCGAGCUGGUGAAGAAGGAGGGCAAGGGCCAACAGAGGGGGCGCGCGGCGGCGGCCCGCGGCGGGCGCUGUGCCGUCGCAAAGCCUGCUCACGCCGGAGAUCUCUCCUACUGA